AUGUCUAUCAACAAAGCGACAGCAACAAAUACGCAGCGUGUCGUCGAAAUUGCCGGCAUUAGCACCAGCAAUGUAACACUCUGGGACUGUCCUUCAACCACUAGUCCUGAUCUCAGCCAAUUAAUGAUUCAAACCGCUAUGAACGAUUUUGCAUAUACAUUUUAUACGGAAAAAAACGUCAGGCGUGCAUUUGAGCGCUACGUAGCAAGCAACUACGUGCAGCACAACCCCAGCAUUCCGGAUGGGAGAGAUGCAGCUAUUAAGAUACUGUCACCUUUGUUUGGCUCUAAAGAGAAUACUUUUGAGAUUGCGCGUGUUAUGGUAGGGCCGGAGUAUACGACGAUUCAUAUCAAGGCUGGGGGCGCUAAUGGGUCUUUGACAAAUGUCUUUGAUGUUUAUAGGACCAAGGGAUCGUGUAUUGUUGAGCACUGGGAUUGUCUGCAGGCUAUGGAAAAAAACACCACAUCCCAUCAUCCAUACUUUUAG